AUGACUGCUGGAUACCCCUAUCUCAUCUCAAAAGGAGCAUCAGCUCCUACAGAAUCUCAAACGUUAAUGCUGGGAUCUGGCACCAAACUCAAGUUAACCGAAACCUCAUCUUCAGAUCUAGGACAAGAAGACAAUUUAAAAAAGUGCUUUCGCAUGACACUAGACAGGCCUGUAUACAAAGGCUGGAGUGAGCAGUUACCAGACACUUUAGUUGAUGAAUCUGUUUCUGUUACUGAAAGCACUGAAAAAAUAAAGAAGAGAUAUGGAAGAAGGAAAAAUAAGCUUGAAGAAACUUUCCCUGCCUAUUUACAAGAAGCUUUCUUUGGAAAAGAUCUUCUAGAUACAAGUAGACAAAGCAAGAUAAGUUUAGAUAAUCUAUCAGAAGAUGCAGCUCAGCUUUCAUAUAAAACAAACAUGAACACAGGUUUCUUGAAUCCUUCCUUAGAUCCACUACUUAGUUCAUCCUCGGCUCCAACAAAAUCUGGAACUCACCGUCCUGCUGAUGACCCAUUAGCUGAUAUUUCUGAAGUUUUAAACACAGAUGAUGACAUUCUUGGAAUAAUUUCAGAUGAUCUAGCAAAAUCAGUUGAUCAUUCAGAUAUUGGUCCUGUCACUGAUGAUCCUUCCUCUUUGCCUCAGCCAAGUGUCAAUCAGACUUCACGACCAUUAAGUGAAGAACAGCUAGAUGGGAUCCUCAGUCCUGAACUAGACAAAAUGGUCACAGAUGGAGCAAUUCUUGGAAAAUUAUAUAAAAUUCCAGAGCUUGGCAGAAAAGAUGUUGAAGACUUAUUUACAGCUGUACUUAGUCCUGCAAACACUCAGCCAACUCCAUUGCCACAGCCUCCCCCACCAACACAACUGUUGCCAAUACACAAUCAGGAUGUUUUUUCACGGAUGCCUCUCAUGAAUGGCCUUUUUGGACCCAGUCCUCAUCUUCCACAUAAUUUUUUGCCACCUGGAAGCGGACUGGGAGCUUUCUCUGCAAUUGCACAAUCCCCUUAUCCUGAUGCCAGGGAUAAAAAUUCAGCCUUUAAUCCAGUGGCAAGUGAUCCUAACAACUCUUGGACAUCAUCAGCUCCCACUGUGGAAGGAGAAAAUAACACAAUGUCGAAUGCCCAGAGAAGCACGCUUAAGUGGGAGAAAGAGGAGGCUCUGGGUGAAAUGGCAACAGUUGCCCCAGUUCUCUACACCAAUAUUAAUUUCCCCAACUUAAAGGAAGAAUUCCCUGAUUGGACUACUAGAGUGAAGCAAAUUGCCAAAUUGUGGAGAAAAGCAAGCUCACAAGAAAGAGCACCAUAUGUGCAAAAAGCCAGAGAUAACAGAGCUGCUUUACGCAUUAAUAAAGUACAGAUGUCAAAUGAUUCCAUGAAAAGGCAGCAACAGCAAGAUAGCAUUGAUCCCAGCUCUCGUGUUGAUUUGGAGCUUUUCAAAGAUCCUUUAAAGCAAAGAGAAUCAGAACAUGAACAGGAAUGGAAAUUUAGACAGCAAAUGCGUCAGAAAAGUAAGUAGCAAGCUAAAAUUGAAGCCACACAGAAACUUGAACAGGUGAAAAAUGAGCAGCAGCAGCAGCAACAACAGCAGUUUGGUUCUCAGCAUCUUCUGGUGCAGUCUGGUUCAGAUACCCCAAGUAGUGGGAUACAGAGUCCUUUGACACCUCAGCCUGGCAAUGGAAAUAUGUCUCCUGCACAGUCAUUCCAUAAAGAACUGUUUACAAAACAGCCACCCAGUACCCCUACGUCUACAUCUUCAGAUGAUGUGUUUGUAAAACCACAAGCUCCACCUCCUCCUCCAGCCCCAUCCCGGAUUCCCAUCCAGGGUAGUCUUUCUCAGGCUCAGACUUCUCAGCCACCUUCACCACAAGUGUUUUCACCUGGGUCCUCUAACCUAUGACCACCAUCUCCAAUGGAUCCAUAUGCAAAAAUGGUUGGUACCCCUGGACCACCUCCUGUGGGCCAUAGUUUUUCCAGAAGAAAUUCUGCUGCACCAGUGGAAAACUGUACACCUUUAUCAUCGGUAUCUAGGCCCCUUCAAAUGAAUGAUACAACAGCAAAUAGGCCAUCCCCAGUCAGAGAUUUAUGUUCUUUCUCCACGACAAAUAAUGACCCCUAUGCAAAACCUCCAGACACACCUAGGCCUGUGAUGACAGAUCAAUUUCCCAAAUCGUUGGGCCUAUCCCGGUCUCCUGUAGUUUCAGAACAAACUGCAAAAGGCCCUGUAGCAGCUGGAACCAAUGAUCACUUUACUAAACCAUCUCCUAGGGCAGAUGUGUUUCAAAGACAAAGGAUACCUGACUCAUAUGCACGACCCUUGUUGAUACCUGCACCUCUUGAUAGUGGUCCUGGACCUUUUAAGACUCCAAUGCAACCUCCUCCAUCCUCUCAGGAUCCUUAUGGAUCAGUGUCACAGGCAUCAAAGCGAUUGUCUGUUGACUCUUAUGAAAGGCCUGCUUUGACACGAAGACCUAUAGGUAAUUUUUCUCAUAAUCAGUCAAAUGAUCCAUAUAGUCAGCCUCCCCUAACCCCACAUCCAGCAAUGAAUGAAUCUUUUGCCCAUCCUUCAAGGGCUUUUUCCCAGCCUGGAACCAUAUCAAGACCAACAUCUCAGGACCCAUACUCCCAACCCCCAGGAACUCCACGACCUGUUGUAGAUUCUUAUUCCCAAUCUUCAGGAACAGCUAGGUCCAAUACAGACCCUUACUCUCAACCUCCUGGAACUCCCCGGCCGACUACUGUUGACUCAUAUAGUCAGCAGCCCCCAACCCCAAGACCAUCUACACAAACUGACUUGUUUGUUACACCUGUAAAUAAUCAGAGGCAUUCUGAUCCAUAUGCUCAUCCUCCUGGAACACCAAGACCUGGAAUUUCUGUCCCUUACUCUCAGCCACCAGCAACACCAAGGCCAAGGAUUUCAGAGGGUUUUACUAGGUCCUCAAUGACAAGACCAGUCCUCAUGCCAAAUCAGGAUCCUUUCCUGCAAGCAGCACAAAACCGAGGACCAGCUUUACCUGGCCUGUUGGUAAGGCCACCUGAUACAUGUUCCCAGACACCUAGGCCCCCUGGACCUGGUCUUUCAGACACAUUUAGCCGUGUUUCCCCAUCUGCUGCCUGUGAUCCCUAUGAUCAGCCUCCAAUGACUCCAAGAUCUCAGUCUGACUCUUUUGGAACAAGUCAAACUGCCCAUGAUGUUGCUGAUCAGCCAAGGCCUGGAUCAGAGGGGAGCUUCUGUGCAUCUUCAGACUCUCCAGUGCACUCCCAAGGCCAGCAGUUCUCUGGUGUCUCCCAACUUCCUGGACCUGUGCCAACUUCAGGAGUAACUGAUACACAGAAUACUGUAAAUAUGGCCCAAGCAGAUACAGAGAAAUUGAGACAGCGGCAGAAGUUACGUGAAAUCAUUCUCCAGCAGCAACAGCAGAAGAACAUUGCAGGUCGACAGAAGGGGUCACAGGACUCACCCGCAAUGCCUCAUCCAGGGCCUCUUCAACACUGGCAACCAGAGAAUGUUAACCAGGCUUUCACCAGACCCCCACCUCCCUAUCCUGGGAACAUUAGGUCUCCUGUUGCCCCUCCUUUAGGACCUAGAUAUGCUGUUUUCCCAAAAGAUCAGCGUGGACCCUGUCCUCCUGAUGUUGCUAGUAUGGGGAUGAGACCUCAUGGAUUUAGGUAAUGAUUUGGAUUUCCAGGAGGUAGUCAUGGUACCAUGCCGAGUCAAGAGCGCUUCCUUGUGCCUCCUCAACAAAUACAGGGAUCUGGAGUUUCUCCACAGCUAAGAAGAUCAAUAUCUGUAGAUAUGCCUAGGCCUUUAAAUAACUCACAGAUGAAUAAUCCAGUUGGACUUCCUCAGCAUUUUUCACCACAGAGCUUGCCAGUUCAGCAGCACAACAUACUGGGCCAAGCAUAUAUUGAACUGAGACAAAGGGCUCUUGACGGAAGGCAAUGGCUGCCUUUCAGUGCUCCACCUGGCAGCAUUGUAGAGGCAUCUUCUAAUCUGAGACAUGGAAACUUCAUUCCCCAGCCAGACUUUCCGGGCCCUAGACACACAGAGCCCAUGAGACGACCUCCCCAGGGUCUACCUAAUCAGCUACCUGUGCACCCAGAUUUGGAACAAGUGCCACCAUCUCAACAAGAGCAAGGUCAUUCUGUCCAUUCAUCUUCUAUGGUCAUGAGGACUCUGAACCAUCCACUAGGUGGUGAAUUUUCAGAAGCUCCUUUGUCAACAUCUGUACCAUCGGAAACAACGUCUGAUAAUUUACAGAUAGCCACCCAACCUUCUGAUGGUCUAGAAGAAAAACUCGAUUCUGAUGACCCUUCUGUGAAAGAACUGGAUGUUAAAGACCUUGACGGGGUUGAAGUCAAAGACUUAGAUGAUGAAGAUCUUGAAAACUUAAAUUUAGAUACAGAGGAUGGCAAGGUAGUUGAAUUGGAUACUUUAGAUAAUUUGGAAACUAAUGAUCCCAACCUGGAUGACCUCUUAAGGUCAGGAGAGUUUGAUAUCAUUGCAUAUACAGAUCCAGAACUUGACAUGGGAGAUAAGAAAAGCAUGUUUAAUGAGGAACUAGACCUUCCAAUUGAUGAUAAGUUAGAUAAUCAGUGUGUAUCUGUUGAACAAAAAAAGGAACAAAAAGACAAAACUCUGGUUCUCUCUGAUAAACAUUCACCACAGAAAAAAUCCACUGUUACCAAUGAGGUAAAAAUGGAAGUACUGUCUCCACAUUCUAAGGUGGAAUCCAAAUGUGAAACUGAAAAAAGUGAUGAGAAUAAAGAUAAUGUUGACACUCCUUGCUCACAGGCUUCUGCUCACUCAGACCUAAGUGAUGGAGAAAAGACUUCUUUGCAUCCUUGUGAUCCAGAUCUAUUUGAGAAAAGAACCAAUCGAGAAACUGCUGGCCCCGGUGCAAAUGUCAUUCAAGCAUCCACUCAACUACCUGCUCAAGAGGUAGUAAACUCUUGUGGCAUAACUGGAUCAACUCCAGUUCUCUCAAGUUUACUUGCUAAUGAGAAAUCUGAUAAUUCAGACAUUAGGCCAUUGGGCUCUCCACCACCAACUCUGCCGGCCUCACCAUCCAAUCAUGUGUCAAGUUUGCCUCCUUUAAUAGCACCGCCUGGCCAUGUUUUGGAUAAUACCAUGAAUUCUAAUCUAACAGUAGUCUCUAGGGUAAACCAUGUUUUUUCUCAGGGUGUGCAGGUAAAUCCAGGAUUCAUUCCAGGUCAAUCAACAGUUAACCACAAUCUGGGGACAGGAAAACCUACAACUCAAACUGGGCCUCUAACAAGUCAGUCUGGUACCAGUAGCAUGUCUGGACUCCAACAGCUAAUGAUUCCUCAAACAUUAGCACAGCAGAAUAGAGAGAGGCCCCUUCUUCUAGAAGAACAGUCUCUACUUCUACAGGAUCUUUUGGAUCAAGAAAGGCAAGAACAGCAGCAGCAAAGACAGAUGCAAGCCAUGAUUCGUCAGAGAUCAGAACCAUUCUUCCCUAAUAUUGAUAGGAAUUUUGAUGCAAUUACAGAUCCUAUAAUGAAAGCCAAAAUGGUGGCCCUUAAAGGUAUAAAUAAAGUGAUGGCACAAAACAAUCUGGGCAUGCCACCAAUGGUGAUGAGCAGGUUCCCUUUUAUGGGCCAGGCGGUAACUGGAACACAGAACCUUGGACCACAGGCCAUUCCUCACGAUGGCAGUAUAACACAUCAGAUUUCUAGGCCUAAUCCUCCAAAUUUUGGUCCAGGCUUUGUCAAUGAUUCACAGCGUAAGCAGUAUGAAGAGUGGCUCCAGGAGAACCAACAGCUGCUUCAAAUGCAGCAGAAGUAUCUUGAAGAACAAACUGGUGCUCACAGAAAAUCUAAGAAGGCCCUUUCAGCUAAACAACGUACUGCCAAGAAAGCUGGGUGUGAAUUUCCGGAGGAAGAUGCAGAACAACUCAAGCAUGUUACUGAACAGCAAAGCAUGGUUCAGAAACAGCUAGAACAGUAAUGAUGCAUUUUGUUAUUCCGGAUUUGUAAACAACAGAAAGAACAUGGUGAAUUGAUUGAAGAUUAUCGGAUCAAACAGCAGCAACAGCAGCAGCAAUGUGCGAUGGCCCCACCUACCAUGAUGCCCAGUGUCCAGCCCCAGCCACCCGUAAUUCCAGGUGCCACUCCACCCACCAUGAGCCAACCCACCUUUCCCAUGGUGCCACAGCAGCUUCAGCACCAGCAACACACAACAGUUAUUUCUGGCCAUACUAGCCCUGUUAGAAUGCCCAGUUUACCUGGAUGGCAACCCAACAGUGCUCCUGCCCACCUGCCCCUCAAUCCUCCUAGAAUUCAGCCCCCAAUUGCCCAAUUUCCAAUAAAAACUUGUACACCAGCCCCAGGGACAGUCUCAAAUGCAAAUCCAGAGAGUGGACCACCACCUCGGGUAGAAUUUGAUGACAACAAUCCCUUUAGUGAAAGUUUUCAAGAACGGGAACGUAAGGAACGUUUACAAGAACAGCAAGAGAGACCUCGGAUCCAACUCAUGCAGGAGGUAGAUAGACAAAGAGCUUUGCAGCAGAGGAUGGAAAUGGAGCAGCAUGGCAUGGUGGGCUCUGAGAUAAGUAGUAGUAGGACAUCUGUGUCCCAGAUUCCCUUCUACAGUUCCGACUUACCUUGUGAUUUUAUGCAACCUCCAAGACCCCUUCAGCAGUCUCCACAACACCAACAGCAAAUGGGGCAGGUUUUACAGCAGCAGAAUAUACAAGGAUCAAUUAAUUCACCCUCCACCCAAACUUUCAUGCAGACUAAUGAGCAAAGGCAGGUGGGCCCUCCUUCAUUUGUUCCUGAUUCACCAUCAAUCCCUGUUGGAAGCCCAAAUUUUUCUUCUGUUAAGCAGGGACAUGGAAAUCUUUCUGGGACCAGCUUCCAGCAGUCCCCAGUGAGGCCUUCUUUUACACCUGCUUUACCAGCAGCACCUCCAGUAGCUAAUAGCAGUCUCCCAUGUGGCCAAGAUUCUACUAUAACCCAUGGACACAGUUAUCCGGGAUCAACCCAAUUGCUCAUUCAAUUGUAUUCUGAUAUAAUCCCAGAGGAAAAAGGGAAAAAGAAAAGAACAAGAAAGAAAAAAAGAGAUGAUGAUGCAGAAUCCACCAAGGCUCCAUCAACUCCCCAUUCAGAUAUAACUGCCCCACCAACUCCAGGCAUCUCAGAAACUACCUCUACUCCUGCAGUGAGCACACCCAGUGAGCUUCCUCAACAAGCCGACCAAGAGUCAGUGGAACCAGUCGGCCCAUCCACUCCCAAUAUGGCAGCAGGGCAGCUAUGUACAGAAUUAGAGAAUAGUGAUUUCUCACAAGCAACUCCAAAUCAACAGACUUAUGCAAAUUCAGAAGUAGAUAAGCUCUCCAUGGAAACCCCUGCCAAAACAGAAGAGAUAAAAUUGGAAAAGCCUGAGACAGAGUCCUGCCCAGGCCAAGAGGAGCCUAAAUUGGAGGAACAGAAUGGUAGUAAGGUAGAAGGAAAAGCUGUAGCCUGUCCUGUCUCCUCAGCACAGAGUCCUCCCCAUUCUGCUGGGGCCCCUGCUGCCAAAGGAGACUCAGGGAAUGAACUGCUGAAACACUUGUUGAAAAAUAAAAAGUCAGCUUCUCUUUUGAAUCAAAAACCUGAGGGCAGUAUUUGUUUGGAAGAUGACUGUACAAAGGAUAAUAAACUAGUUGAGAAGCAGAACCCAGCUGAAGGACUGCAAACUUUGGGGGCUCAAAUGCAAGGUGGUUUUGGAUGUGGCAACCAGUUACCAAAAACAGAUGGAGGAAGUGAAACCAAGAAACAGCGAAGCAAAUGGACUCAGAGGACGGGUGAGAAAGCAGCACCUUGCUCAAAGAAAAGGAAAAAGGACGAAGAGGAAAAACAAGCUAUGUACUCUAGCACUGACACGUUUACCCACUUGAAACAGCAGCUCUCUCUGCUCCCUCUAAUGGAACCAAUCAUUGGAGUGAACUUUGCGCACUUUCUUCCUUAUGGCAGUGGCCAAUUUAAUAGUGGGAAUCGACUUCUAGGAACUUUUGGCAGUGCUACCCUGGAAGGGGUUUCGGACUACUAUUCUCAGUUGAUCUACAAGCAGAAUAAUUUAAGUAAUCCUCCAACACCCCCUGCCUCUCUUCCUCCUACACCACCUCCUAUGGCUUGUCAGAAGAUGACCAAUGGUUUUGCAACAACUGAAGAACUUGCUGGAAAAGCCAGAGUGUUAGUGAGCCAUGAAGUUACCAAAACUCUAGGACCUAAACCAUUUCAGCUGCCCUUCAGACCCCAGGACGACUUGUUGGCCCGAGCUCUUGCUCAGGGCCCCAAGACAGUUGAUGUGCCAGCCUCCCUCCCAACACCACCUCAUAACAAUCAGGAAGAAAUAAGGAUACAGAAUCACUGUGGUGGUUGAGAUACUCCUGACAGUUUUGUUCCCUCAUCCUCUCCUGAGAGUGUGGUUGGGGUAGAAGUGAGCAGGCAUCCAGAUCUGUCAUUGGUCAAGGAGGAGCCUCCAGAACCGGUGCCGUCCCCCAUCAUUCCUAUUCUUCCUAGCGCUGCUGGGAAAAGUUCAGAAUCAAGAAGGAAUGACAUCAAAACUGAGCCAGGCACUUUAUAUUUUGCGUCACCUUUUGGUCCUUCCCCAAAUGGUCCCAGAUCAGGUCUUAUAUCUGUAGCAAUUACUCUGCAUCCUACAGCUGCUGAGAACAUUAGCAGUGUUGUGGCUGCAUUUUCCGACCUUUUGCACGUCCGAAUCCCUAACAGCUAUGAGGUUAGCAAUGCUCCCGAUGUCCCAUCCAUGGGUUUGGUCAGUAGCCACAGAAUCAACUCGGGUUUGGAGUAUUGACAGCAUUUACUUCUCCGUGGGCCUCCGCCAGGAUCUGCAAACCCUCCCAGAUUAGUGAGCUCUUACCAGCUGAAGCAGCCUAAUGUACCAUUUCCUCCAACAAGCAAUGGUCUUUCUAGAUAUAAGGAUUCUAGUCAUGUUAUUGCAGAAAGCGCAGCACUCAGACCACAGUGGUGUUGUCAUUGUAAAGUGGUUAUUCUUGGAAGUGGUGUGCGGAAAUCUUUCAAAGAUCUGACCCUUUUGAACAAGGAUUCCCGAGAAAGCACCAAGAGGGUAGAGAAGGACAUUGUCUUCUGUAGUAAUAACUGCUUUAUUCUUUAUUCAUCAACUGCACAAGCGAAAAACCCAGAAAACAAGGAAUCCAUUCCUUCAUUGCCACAAUCACCUAUGAGAGAAAUGCCUUCCAAAGCAUUUCAUCAGUACAGCAACAACAUCUCCACUUUGGAUGUGCACUGUCUCCCCCAGCUCCCGGAGAAAGCUUCUCCCCCUGCCUCACCACCCAUCGCCUUCCCUCCUGCUUUUGAAGCCGUCCAAGUCGAGGCCAAGCCAGAUGAGCUGAAGGUGACAGUCAAGCUGAAGCCUCGGCUAAGAGCUGUCCAUGGUGGGUUUGAAGAUUGCAGGCCGCUCAAUAAAAAAUGGAGAGGAAUGAAAUGGAAGAAGUGGAGCAUUCAUAUUGUAAUCGCUAAGGGGACAUUUGAACCACCUUAUGAGGAUGAAAUAGAUGAAUUUCUGAAGAAAUUGGGCACUUCCCUUAAACCUGAUCCUGUGCCCAAAGACUAUUGGAAGUGUUGCUUUUGUCAUUAAGAAGGUGAUGGAUUGACAGAUGGACCAGCAAGGCUACUCAGCCUUGACUUGGAUCUGUGGGUCCACUUGAACUGCGCUCUGUGGUCCACGGAGGUCUACGAGACUCAGGCUGGUGCCUUAAUAAAUGUGGAGCUAGCUCUGAGGAGAGGCCUACAAAUGAAAUGUGUCUUCUGUCACAAGACAGGUGCCACUAGUGGAUGCCACAGAUUUCGAUGCACCAACCUUUAUCACUUUACUUGCGCCAUUAAAGCACAAUGCAUGUUUUUUAAGGACAAAACUAUGCUUUGCCCCAUGCACAAACCAAAGGGAAUUCAUGAGCAAGAAUUAAGUUACUUUGCAGUCUUCAGGAGGGUCUAUGUUCAGCACAAUGAGGUGCGACAGAUUGCUAGCAUCGUGCAACGAGGAGAACGGGACCAUACCUUUCAUGUGGGUAGCCUCAUCUUCCACACAAUCGGUCAGCUGCUUCCACAGCAGAUGCAAGCAUUCCAUUCUCCUAAAGCACUCUUCCCUGUGGGCUAUGAAGCCAGCCGGCUGUACUGGAGCAUGCGCUAUGCCAACAGGCGCUGCCACUACCUGUGCUCCAUCGAGGAGAAGGAUGGGCGCCCAGUGUUUGUCAUCAGGAUUGUGGAACAAGGCCAUGAAGACCUGGUUCUAAGUGACAUCUCACCUAAAGGUAACGGGCCGGGCCUGUAUGCUGCUGGAGACAUUGAGAAGCACACCAUGGUCAAUGAGUAUAUCGGGACUAUCAUUUGAAAUGAAGUAGCAAACAGAAAAGAGAAACUUCAUGAGUCUCAGAACCGUGGUGUGUACAUGUUCUGCAUGGAUAACGACCACGUGAUUGACGCCACGCUCACAGGAGGUCCUGCAAGGUAUAUCAACCAUUCGUGUGCACCUAAUUAUGUGGCUGAAGUGGUGACUUUAGAGAGAGGACACAAAAUUAUCAUCAGCUCCAAUCGGAGAAUCCAGAAAGGAGAAGGGUUAAGAGUGUGAGAGAUUGCGUCUGCCAUGUUGUUCAGAUCCUGGGUGAAUAGUUCCCUCCUCACACAGGUCACUUACUCACUUGUUUCCCAAUUCUUUGUUGUGAUAAAAACUCUGUCUAUAGUAGGCCAGAUGUUCCCACCCUGCAAUAUCUCACCCUUCAGGCAUUCCAGUUCACCUUCCUCCACAUGGCAGCUCUAUGAGCAUUUGCUGUCACCUCUCCCUUCCCUUCUGUGCCACGGGUUCAGCAUCCCCAUGGCACCCAGGUGGUAUCAUUUCUAUGUGCCAUAGGAUCCUUCUUUAUCCCCUUAACCUGGACACAGUUUGGCAGUGUCCCCUCU